UGUACAUCUCACUACAUGCUAUCUCCGCUAUCUCCCUCAUAUAUAAUAUCAUUCUGUGGGAGAGUAACUCUAGUAAGAACUUGUUGAGCUAUUUGUAUUUGCUGUCGAAAUUGUUGUUCCGUUACAUAGCAUCUCGAACGAGCUCCUCAAUUCUAUCCAACACAUGGCUGUUUCUACCGCAGACCAACUCGGUCAAGCAGGGCUGGUGCCCACGUCCUUGAUUGCCUUCGCCUUUUUUGGGGUGCUAUACGCUGUGUACGUACGGCUGCUACUCCCACGGCCGUUCCCGGGCAUUCCAUACAACAAAGGUUCCGAGAAGAGGCUGCUUGGAGAUGCCCCGGACAUGCUCAAAGAAGUCGGAGUCACAAGGGAGUUAAACGUGUGGCUGUUAAAGCAGGUAAACAAGCUCCAGGCCCCCUUAUGCCAGGUAUUCGUCACGCCAUUAUCCAAGCCCUGGCUGCUCCUCGCCGAUUCCGCCGAGGCCCAAGAUAUCAUGACGAGACGGCCCGAGUGGGACAGAUCAAACUUCAUCACUGAUGGCCUGGCGCCCCUGGACGGCUUCCACGCCAGGAUGAAGACGGGCAAGACCUGGAAGCAGACCCGAGCAUGGUUGCAGGAUCUCAUGGGCCCGAGUUUUCUCAAUAACAUCGUCGGUCCUGUCAUGUACGACAAUGCUAUCCAUCUCGUGGAGUUUUGGGAGAACAAAGCUCGUGUUGCCAACGGCAGGCCCUUUGAUGUCAACGAGGAUCUGAAUCACAGCGCUCUCGACGGUAUGCUGGCCUUUGUGUUUGAUCGCCACUUCGAACACACAGCCAUCGGCCCGCAGUUUGAUUUAGCGUCAAAACUUGACCCGUCCAGCAUUGAAACAGGACCCAACGGUGAGGCCAAAUUCCCAGAGGCCCCACUCAACGAAUUCAUCACCGCGCUUUACCAGACGGUGGAUGCAAUCGACCAGGUGACCAAGUCCGUGUCGCCAACGUUCACGAUGUGGUGGCUCCGUCAGACACCCAGGUACAAAAAGGUGAUGACUGUGAAGAGGAAAGUUGUCAAGGAGCAAGUCCGAGGCGCUCUCAGAAGGCUCGAGACUACUGGCGUGACAAAAACGGCGAUUGAGCACAUGUUGAUGCGAGAGAAAAAGGCGGCUGAGAAACAAGGCCGGAAGCCGGAUUACGAGAGCCCGAUCUUGAUGGAGGAGAUCGCCGGCCAGUUUAUCGCCGGACUGCAUACCACGAGCACGACCCUGGCUUGGACAUUCAUCUACCUGACUCGGCUCCCGGAAAUCCAAGCGAACCUGCGGGACGCGCUGUACAAAGGCUAUCCCGAUGCGCACGCGGAGAAACGGUUCCCAACGCUCGCCGAACUAAACAAGGCGCGGGUGCCUUACCUCGAAGCCGUGCUGGAGGAGGCACUGCGGCUGCACGCAACCAGCGUCGCGCGACAAGCCACCCGCGACACCGAGCUCUUCGGCCACCCGGUUCCUAAGGGCACCAACGUGAUCCUAAUCGCUAACGGGCCGGGCUUCCACGCGCCGUCCAUGCAAGUCGACCCCGCACGACGCGGUGCCACGGUCAAGACUAACAACGGCUGGGACGAAAGCCGUGACAUGAGCGCGUUCGACCCGGAGCGCUGGCUGGUGCGCAAGGAGGGCACGGAUGAGGUCGAAUUCGAUGCGAACGCGGCUCCGCAGAUUGCGUUUGGCAUGGGGCCUCGCAGCUGUUGGGGCCGUCGGCUGGCUUAUCUGGAGCUCCGUAUGGUUGCCACACUGGUGGUGUGGAAUUUUGAUUUGCUGUCGGUGCCGCCGGCGCUAGCGGAUCCCAAGGCCAGUUAUGGAAUCGUGCACCGGGCGGAUCAGUGUUGUUUGAGGUUGAGAAGCAGAAGAGCUGGCGGUGAGAAAUAGGAUCUUAACAGCGGAUGCAUUGUAUGUAGGGUAUGUUUUUCAGGUGUUCGGAUUUUGGGAUGCUGCAGUGCUCUGAAUCAUGCUCGCUGUUACGUUAGUAUUCAAAGGGAAGGAGAGACCCGAUGUUCCCAAUGGCACGUUCCUUUCAAUAUUCAUAUCUGAUGGGGAGUUUCGAGGCUGCUCGGUGCGCGGGAUGGGAUUAUCGGCUUUACUAAAGUCUGGCUUUGCUACUCUGCCUGGACUGACUCGAUAGAAAUCUCCAAAGCAAUUGAGUACACGGUGGGAAAGCGGAUGGGAACCGUUGCUAUCAUACAGUGCUACUUCUACUCUCGAAUGAAGAAAACCUAAUAUACAAGGUUUUCCGCACAAUGUCAUUGU